AUGUCUGAGACUCUGGACCUGGAAAAGGGCUGCACAGUGGACGAGCUUCUGCAGGGCUGCAUCGAGGCCUUUGGUGAGGAGGAGCAGGAGAGGCAGGGAAGGGACAAAUGACUGAGGUCUCAGCAGGUGGGGCAGUGGUUUUCUUGGCCUGGCGAUGCUCUAAAGCACCUGUUCCUGUCCUGCAUUGCAUUGGUGUGCUGACUCUGGAAGUACAGUGGUACCUCGGGUUAAGUACUUAAUUUAUUCUGGAGGUCUGUUCUUAAUCUGAAACUGUUCUUAACCUGAAGCACCACUUUAGCUAAUGGGGCCUCCUGCUGCUGCUGCGCCGCCGGAGCACGAUUUUUGUUCUCAUCCUGAAGCAAAGUUCUUAACCCGAGGUAAUAUUUCUGGGUCAGUGGAGUCUGUAACCUGAAGCGUAUGUAACCUGAGGUACCACUGUAUGGGGAUGGCCCCAUGAGAUCUCGCGGGAACUCGGACGGCCCCGUGAGAUCUCGUGAGGGUAUCCCAAAGCCCCUGUGCUGAGUGGGCCUUGCCAGGUAAGCAGGGCAGAGUUGAAAAAAGAGGAAUGGCUUUUAAAAGUCACGGACUAUGCAUAAAUGGCAAAGCUGGCAGCAAUAUUAAGAGAUCAAAAUGACAAGCUUUUUAUAGAAGAGUGGAGGCCCUUUUUUGGCCUAUUUGGACAAGCACUGCAAACAAAUGAAAUUGCGGGCAGGGUACAAGAUAGGAGCGGCAGAAGAAAAAGGAUAAAAUAUUACAGGGGUUUUGGUAAUAGAAGAGAAUUUGAGAAUGCAAUAUAAAGGAGUUUGAGUAAAAACACUGGAGGGUGUGGGUGGGAAGUCAAUGCAUGAAACAAUGCAACUAUUGGAUUUGAAGUUAAUUUGUACAAAUUUGGAAAUUCGGUAAAAAUUGUAUUGGAAAAUGAAAAGCACUUUCCACGCUGGGAAAACCUGGUGCAGAAAAGAGCUUUGAAGCUCUCUGCUGUGCAUUCAUUUAUUUUGUGUAGUUUUAACCAGCCAGCCCUCAACGCGUGUGGUUGGAAUCGCUCAAGUUAUAUGCGCGUAAGAUGUGAUAGUGCUAUACAAGCCCUCCAGCACCAGAGCCUCAGAAGAGGAUGAGCAGGAAAGGGCAACUGUGCUCAUCAUGUCCUCCCCACUUCCUGGGAAAGAGGAUGCUGGACCAGACGACCUCCUUUGACCUGAUGCAGCUGUUGUUGCUGCUCCUGCUCCAGGGCUCUUUGGAUGGUCUUUGAUCCCACUUCUGAGCUCCUGAGUGGUCUGAACUGAAGGGUGUGUGUUUAUCUAGGACUGUAAACAUUAUUAGAAGCUGCCUUUGUUCCAAAAGGGACCCAAGGCAGCAGGCAUCACCAAGAUAAAAACACUCCUAAAAAGGCCAUCACAUUAACAAAAUUACUUUGGGGUGGGGGAGACAGCAGUAAAAGCUUUCAAAAGCUUUCAAAUUGGGCAGGGGAAUAUAUAUUUAGGCAAAGGCCUUUUCACAUGAAACCUUAAAGUGGCAGUGUGUGGGGGGUGUGGCGGCGGCGGGGCAGCAGACCUCAUUUAACAGAGGAACGUCCCACAAAGUACCCAAAAGGCAUUGCCUUUGCCAGUGGCUGUUGUGCUCAGUUCCUGCUUGUGGGUUUCCCAUGGGGGGUGGGGUGGGGGCCUGGUUGGCCACUCUGGGACAAGGAAACUGGAGAAGAUGAGCCAAUGCCCAGCUCCAGCAGCCUCCUCCUAAGUUCUUACACUUUGGACUACAACUCCCAUCAACGCUGACCAUCAGCCAUAUUGGUUGGGGCUGCUGGGAGUUGAAGUCCGAAAGAUUUGGAGGUCGCCAUGUUGGCCAUCCUUACAGUGUGCAGGGUGUGAUGGAGGGAGGGAAAAGUGGGGGUGGGCGGACUUUGUGGCUGUGGGCCCUGUGGAGCAAGAGGCAGAGUGGGAAAUCAUAGAAUCGUAGAAUUGUAAGGGACUCCCCCAAGGUCAUCCAGUCCAACCCCCCUCAAGGCAGCAGUCACAGCUAAAGAAUCCCCAUCCAACCACUGCUUAAAAACCUCCAAUGAAGGAUGUUGUUGUUGUUGUUAAAUUCCCAGGAGGGACUUGCUCUGACUUGCAUUUCUUUUUCUUUUUUCCAGACGAUGAGGGCAAAGUUCGAGACCCCCAGCUGGUCCGCAUGUUCCUCAUGAUGCACCCCUGGUACAUCCCUUCCUCAGAGCUGGCUGCCAAGUUGCUUCAGAUAUAUCCUUCCUUAGCCCGCCAGGCACAAUCCCCACACCCAGCCAGCAGCAUCAUUUCCUUCUGCAAAUGUCUUGCUCUAGGUUUCCCCGUCCUGGUGCUCGCCAGGUGCUUUGAAUUGCAUCUCCCAUCUGCUCCAGGCAGCAUAGUCCUGCUUCCUGGGGGGGUGUGUGUGUGUGCUGCAGUUCCAUAAUGUCCAGAAGACACUUAGUGCAGGGGUAGCAAAGGACUUAAGACAUAUGGUUCGCUCAGAAUCCCCACCGCCCAAAAAACCCCAGGCAGCUUGAGAAUACUGGACCUUUCCUCCCUCUCUUCCCACUGCCCUGUUGUGGCUGCAGCAUUGUGGGAUGAUGACCACCCAGAAAAAGUGACCGGCCCCCUGAAGCUUGGAGAGUCACUUCCAUUUGCAGCUCACAGUGGAAGAGGAAUGAUUUAUGAGCGUUUGGCGCCUCCUCUCUGGAAGCUGCCAAUAUCUGCUCUUUGGAAAAUAACAGCCAGGCUGUUAUUUUCCACCAUGUCUUCAAGCUGGGUGGUGAAGGGGACAAGGGGAAUGUGGGAUGAGUGGGCACCUGCCUUUUGGCCCCUACCCUCCCAAGGAUGAAGAAAGUAGUUAGUUGCACUCUCCGCAGUGGAGCUGGGACUGUGUACAUGCCAUAUGUCUAAAGCGCCUUUAGAUUCCCAGCAAAGAAUUCUGGGAAUUGUAGUUUUCCUCUCAUAGAACUACAAUUCCCGGCACCCUUAAUAGCCUUACCCAAAUCUCUCCAGAGUUACCCAUUGCCAGGCCCUUGUUGCACCAGCUUUUCUUCUUUUUGUGUAUAGUUGUUCUCUUUAUGUCUUGGAUCCUUUUCUUCGUAUUAUUUUUUGUGUUUUCUUCUUCACACUUAUAAACCACAACAGUGGCGGGAUGGGAGACCUCGUUUUAAUAGAGCCUGGGGCCUGCUUGCUGAUAAAACGAGUUCCAUGCAUGAAGGCUGAAACCUCACAUGAAAUACAAGUUUCAUGCAGGAAGUGAAUUAUUUUUUUUGGUGAUCAUAAUUUUAAUAGCUUGGAUGCAGCUGCAGCGCAAAACCUUUGCUCUACUUUACCUAUUGGAUAGUUUGCAGUUUAAAACACCCCCAGACCCCCCCCCCAAAAUACCCCACAACACGCACACAGUUCCUCCCUCUUUCCCUUUUGCUCCUUAACUCUGCCCUGAACUUACCAGGAGUCUCGCGGGUCAGAAAACAGCUCCCUGCAAGUCAAGACUUGCCACUUGGUCCGGUAGGUGCUGGAGCAGGGAGGGUGGAGUGGUUUGUGGGAAGGCUGCUAUGGAGAGAAAAUGAGGGGAUAGUUUGGACAGUUUGGGGAGUAGGGGGAAGUAACAUUUGGGGUUUUUCAGUUUAGGAAGCCGUUGGUGGGCCUGGGACCCGGCAGGAAGGGCAGGUGGGAUUCUUAGUUUAGACGUCAGGCCGGAGACUUCCUGUUUUGAAAGUUCCUCACAGUUGAAGCAUAACUGAGAAAAUAACCAUUCACACUGCAAAUGACAUUGCACCCAAACAGUGCACUCGCCAACAAACUUGCUUUGAAAUUUACUUCUUCUUUUCCAUUCCCUUAUGAAUAAAACCUAUCAAUACUGGUGUGGUUCCACGGGAUGGAUGUUCUGUGGUAAUAAUAAUAAUAAUAAUAAUAAUAAUAAUAAUAAUGAUAAUGAUAUAUUUAUACCCUGCCCAUCUGGCUGGGUUUCCCUAGCCACUCUGGGCCCAUCCCAAAGCAAGGUGUUCACAGUGAAAAUCAUGUGACGCUGCAGUACUUUGGGACUUUGGGGGCUGCCUGGGUGUGGGGCAGGGUUGUGGAGAGGUGGCUGCAAAUCUUCUGCCCUCCUUGCUUGGAGACAAUCUGCUGCCCCCUUCUGACUUUGCCACUGACCAUGUCACUCCUGGUUCCGGCAGAUACUGGAUCUCGGCAUUCCCAGCAGAAUUUGACCUAAACCCAGAGCUGGCUGAGCAGAUCAAGGAACUGAAGGAGCUUCUGGGCCGGGAAGGGAACCAACGUCACAGCAGCCUCAUUGACAUAGAGAGCGUGUAGGUAAACAGCGUGGGGCCCCCCACAACAGUCCCCGCCCCCGGUCCUUCCUGGCUUAAGUUCUGGCAGGUUGCAUCUGAUUCUAGUGUGCGAACCUCAGGCUGUGAGCCUUGCAUUCCUGGUGUGCGGCAUCCACCGAGUUCUGCCCCAGAACCCUGAGCUCAGCAAAUUGGGAGUAAGUGCAGGGCCUCCUUGGUGGUGGCUCCCUCUGUGGGGUUUGGAAUGGAAUUCAUGGAAGCCGAGGAAAACAUCACCUUGCAUUUAGCUCUGUUGUGUGCCAACUUUCUGCAAGCUGCAGGACUGGCCUCAUGGUGGGACUUUAAGGCUGAGAUCUGAAAAACUUGGCAGCGGCAUGCAGCUCCCCAAGUGCCAGGGAUUUGGGGCCAGACUGGCAGGCGGGUCCUUAGUACCCUUUAGGAGCCAGCUGGUCCCCACCUCUGCUUUUGCACAUCCCAGGUAGAGGCUGAACUCUUGCGUCCCCCUUCCAGCCCCACCUACAAGUGGAAGAGGCAAGUCACACAGCGCCAGCCGGUGGCCCAGAAGAAGCGCAAGACGUCCCUUCUCUUUGACCACUUGGAGUCGGGGGAGCUGGCUGAACACCUCACCCACCUGGAGUACCACUCCUUCAGCAAGAUCCUGGUAAGAUCCAUGAAGGCGGCGGUGGCUGAGUCCCUUCCCGCCCCCCCCCCGCCUCCCGCGUGUGGGUGUUUCGCUGGGUGGGGCCACGGGUACAGUCAUACCUCAUGUUACGUUUGCUUCAGGUUGCGUGUUUUCAGGUUGCGUCCCGCAGACCGGAAAGGGUUACUUCCGGGUUUCGCCGCUCAUGCAUGCGCAGACAUGCAAAAUGAUGUCAUGCGCAUGCGCAGAAGCGGCGAAUCGCGACCUGCAAACGCGCAAACGCGGGUUGCGUUCUACUCAUGUUGUGAACAGGCCUCCGGAACGGAUCCCGUUCGCAACCAGAGGAGAGAAAGUGGCACACAAACAUCACCAAACACAAUAUGAGCACUCUUAAAGGUAAAGGGUAAAGGGACCCCUGACCAUUAGGUCCAGUCGUGGCCGACUCUGGGGUUGCGGUGCUCAUCUCGCUUUAUCGGCCGAGGGAGCCGGCGUACAGCUUCCGGGUCAUGUGGCCAGCAUGACUAAGCCGCUUCUGGCAAACCAGAGCGGCGCACGGAAACGCCGUUUACCUUCCCACCAGAGUGGUACCUAUUUAUCUACUUGCACUUUGACGUGCUUUCGAGCUGCUAGGUUGGCAGGAGCAGGGACUGAACAACGGGAGCUCACCCUGUUGCGGGGAUUUGAACCGCCGACCUUCUGAUCGGCAAGUCCUAGGCUCUGUGGUUUAACCCACAGCGCCAGCCGUGUCUCUAUGAGCACUCUUAAAACAACCCAAACCCAGUGCUAUUUUUCUAGAAAAAGAGGUGCCGGAACUCACCACAAACACCUCUUAGAAUGGCAAUGGCAAGGGCCCUUUCUCCUUAUCUGGUUUCUGGCAACUGACAAUCGCAAGCAUUGCUGCCUCUGACCGUGGAGGCGAAGCAUAGGUUCUCUGGCAAGUAGCCUUCAAUAAUAAUAAUAAUAAUAAUAAUAAUUAAUAAUAAUAAACAACUUUAUUUAUAUCCCGCCCUCCCCAGCCGAAGCCGGGCUCAAAGCGGCUAACAACAGUAAAAUGAUAAAACAUUCUAAAUCAUUUCAUUAUAAAAUUAAUUCCGAUCAAAUUAAUGGCAACCAUUGGGCCAGAAAUUCUGAUAGCCCUCUCCUCCAUGAAUCUGUCUCAUCUUCUUAUAUUGCCAUUGAGACUGGGGACCACCACGGCCUUCUGGCUGUGUUCUGCUUCUCAACCCACCUCCCUUUCCCCGGAACGACCAUCCAGGUCUCUGAGACCAGGCUUGGCUUUUCCACAGAGCCAGGAGUGUCCUUACCCCCCCACAUCAGACCCUGGGAGCAGGACCAGCCCCUUUUUUUCAGAAUGGCCAACCAAAUGCCCUAGAGAAGGACCUGAGAGUCAACAGCAGCAACUCUCCGCAGAAGCUUCCUGCCUCCAGGAGUGGAGGCGGAUCACGGCCAUUAGGGCUAGUAGCCGCUGAGAGCCUUAUCCUCUAAGUGCCAUCAUUCCAGGCAUCACCGUGUGUUUAUUAUUUAAAUGAAAAUAUUUUUUAUUGUGCUGUUAAGAAAAUAAAAGCCCAUUAGGGCAGCUUACAAAUCAGUAUAAACAAUAGAGUCCCUAUAUAUAUAAAAAAGACACGACAUGAAAGGAAAAUGGAUUGGGGAGGGAGGAGGAAAUAUGCAGGCUCAGGUACAAAAUAUUAGUUGUUGCAUUGGGUUCGUGCUGGUGUUUUUAAAACAGAUGUGCUGUUUUCUGGGCCCUAUCUGGGCACAAUUUGAACAGCUGGCCUCCCUCGGCCUCAACUGAUCUGCUUUCCCCUCUCACCCCCCCUCCCCAGUUCCAAGACUACCACAGUUUCGUCAUGCAUGGCUGCACGGUGGACAACCCCAUCCUGGAGCGCUUCAUCACCCUCUUCAACAGCGUCUCCCAGUGGGUGCAGCUCAUGGUGCUCAGCAAGCCCACCGCCCAGCAGCGAGCCCAGGUCAUCACUCGCUUCGUCAUGGUGGCCCAGGUGAGAAAGGGCAGCGCCCAGAACGUCCUUGCCUUCUGCAACCCUCUUGAGAUUGUCACCUGCUUUUGAUUUUGAGCCUCUCAAAUCAAUCAAUCAAACAAACAAUCAAACCAACCCCUGAACGUAGCCGACUGCCAUUCUCGUGUUGCCACCCUCUGGACCUCACAUGGAGGAAGCACACAAAGAAGGGCUUCUGAGGACGAUCUCAGGGUCCAGGACGUUUUAUUUGGUGAGAGGCAGUCCUUGGUGUAGUGGUUAAGAGCAGUGGACUCGUAAUCUGGUGAACCGGGUUCGCUUCCCUGCUCCUCCACUUGCAGCUGCUGGGUGACCUUGGGCCAGUCACACUUCUCUGAAGUCUCUCAGCCCCACUCACCUCACAGAGUGUUUGUUGUGGGGGAGGAAGGGGAAGGAGAAUGUUAGCCGCUUUGAGACUCCUUAAAGGGAGUGAAAGGCGGGAUAUCAAAUCCAAACUCCUCUUCUUCUUGCGGUGUUGCGCUAUCACUGAGCAUCCUAUGUAAGAGUUUCUAGAGCCCGGAUCCUGUAUUUUAUAACCCCAAUUCCUAAACCCCUCUAACCCGGCGGGGACCCAAACUGUGAACUUUGCAGACAAGUCCAGAUUAGGACAGACGUCUUGAUUUUUAUACACCAAACGCGAGCUGGUGCAUUUACCACCCGAGUUUCUUCCAAUUCCAAAUCCGAGCUCCCCCUUAAACAGACAAACAAACAUCAGCCCAGCUGGGAUUCCUCCAUUGCGAGGGGUUGGACUGGACUCUACAGCUCCACAGUUCUGUGAUUCAGGUCUUGCCCUGUUUUUCCUGCUCCUUGCCUCCCGGCAACCUCCCCAAAGGUUUCUAAGCGUGAGCGCCUGGAGCCCGGAGCCUCAAUUAGUGGGGAUGGCAGCUAAAUUAAUCAAACCUGCUGGCCCUUUGCCUCUCCCUGCUGGACAGUGUGAAGUUCAGAGCAACCUUUUUUCUAGGUCGUUUUUCUUUGAAGAGGAGAGAGAGAGAGAAAGCGCACACACGGGAGACUCUCUAAAUAUCUAUUUAUACAUUCAGAGAUUGGGAAGGGGGCGGGAGGUGAUCCAGGAGCAGCACAAAACCGCCUGCUCCAGAUUAUAGCCGGCAUCAAAGAGCAGCCGGGGGACCUGGGGCUCCCCUCAAGCUGCCUUUGGGCUACUGCACUUUGCACAUGGACUCCCCCUGAUUUGCGGGGUCUGGGCCCAAGGAGAUUAGGGAUGGCGGGGAGUGGGAGACUUCCUGCAUGUCUUAGGACGCUGGGAAAUCAGGUUCCUCAGGUAGGGGUGAAGCAGGGACUCCCCACUCCAGAAGAGAGGCAGCAGGGUGUAGUGGUUAGUGUCAGGCUGGGACCUGGGAGACCAGGGAUCAAAUUCCCCACUUGGGCCAGUCUCUGCCUCUCAGCCCAACCCACCUCGCAGGGUUGUUGUGGGGGGUUAAAUGAGGAGGGAGGAGGAGGAGAAGCACUGUGUAAACCAGCGUGAGUUCCUUGGAGGAGAGGUUGGGAUAUAAAUGCAGAUGAUGAUGAUGAUAUAAUAAUAAUAAUAAUAAUAAUAAUAAUAAUAAUAAUAUUAACAACAACAACAACAACAACAACAACAACAACAGAAAGAGUGAGUGGCCAGGUAUGAUUACUUUGCACAAUUCUGAAUGCCUGAAGGUAUCAGCAACAGAUCUUUCAUUUUUUUCUUUUUCAAAUGAGAGGCAACAAUAGGGGCAGGGGCUGGUUGAAAUCCAAAUUGUGGCACUGGGGAUGUUAUUUUAAAACAUUUCUCCCCACCCAUUCCAAGGCUGUUUCUUUAAAUAAUAAAAAUAAAAUAAAAUAGUGAUGAUUAAAUAAAAAUGAGAUUCCCCAGCUAAAAGACCUGAAUUGCUCUAACUGACAGGGAGUCCUGCUCUCCCCACCUUUCCUGGGAACCUCCCUCCUCCCCAAAAAUAUCCCCCACUGUGACCUAUCCAGUUACUCCUGUUAUAAGGGGAAUUUGCCUCUGUGGGCUAUGUGUGUUUUUCUUGUUCGGCUCUUCGGAAGCUGCUGAGAAGAAGAACCUUGAUUAGAAAUGUUAAGUCUUUCUUCAGAUUGCAUCCACUGAAACUGUGAGGUGAGGGUUGACUCUGCUCCUCCCUCUGCUUCCCACUACAGUGGUACCUCGGGUUAAGAACUUAAUUCAUUCCGGAGGUCCGUUCUUAACCUGAAGCACCACUUUUGUUACGUACUGAAGUCCUCACCCUGGGCCAGCAGGGGGAUACUGUAGAUAGUUAUGCAAAUGAAGGAUUGAAAAGCGACGUUCAGUGAUUGGAUAGUUUUGUAUGCAAAUGAAGGAUCGAAAAGUGACGUUCAGUGAUUGGAUAGUUUUAGAAAAUGGCAACAGUUGCCAUUUUCUAAAACUAUCCAAUCACUGAACAUCACUUUUCAAUCCUGUAUUUGCAUAACUAUCUACAGUAUCCCCCUGCUGGCCCAGGGUGAGAACUUCAGUACGUAACACCUUUAGCUAAGGGGGCCUCCUGCUGCUGCCGCACCGCUGGAGCACGAUUUCUGUUCUCAUCCUGAAGCAAUAACCUGAGGUACUGUUUCUGGGUUAGUGGAGUCUGUAACCUGAAGCGUCUGUAGCCUGAGGUACCACUGUAUUUCUUCCUCUCCUGCCUUGUCCUUCAACCCCCACCCCCCCAAUUUCUCCUCUCCUUCUGCUCUCAGAGGCUCCUCCAGCUGCAGAAUUUCAACACCCUGAUGGCCGUGGUGGGGGGGCUCAGCCACAGCUCCAUCUCCCGCCUCAAGGAGACCCACAGUUUCGUGAGCCAGGAGACCACCAAGGUAGGUGGUAGUGGUGGUGGGUCUUUUUUGCAUUGAGGGGAGAGGCAGGCUGUGUAAGGAGCUCGCAGGGGCUGCAGAAUCUGUUGGCCAGAGGCUCUCAGCAGGCUCCACACUUGCCUCUCUUGCUGCUGCUCAUUCUCUUGCCUGCCCCCCUCCUUGGGCUGGGUCUCCACCCCCCAUCCUUAAAGGGAGAUGAGAGAGUGUGGAGCAGAUUGAUGCUUCGGGUUUUAGCUCCUCUGUGGGUGGGGCUGCCUAAAGACCUGCUACUCUGCCUCCCACCCCUCUGGUGCAAAGACACCCUUAUCUUUCAUUUAUGGGGCUGGGUCAGCCAGCUGCUGGCCUUUGGGAAGGAGGCGUGAGGGCUCUGGCAGGGUCCUAGAGUCAUCCUGUCUCCUUCCCAAAGCCUAGUUAGUGCUUUCCUAGCUUUCAGGAGGAGGUGGGAAGGCUCUAGGACCCUGCCAGAGCCUGGUGCCUCCUUCCCAAAGCCCACAGCAUCACUUGGCCAGCUUUGGGGGGCAGCACAAGAGCUGGGGGUGGAGAAUCAAAUUUUGGCCUCACUCCACCCCCACAGUGUGUGGGUUCCAUGUUGAAGUACUCUUGCAGUCUGCUUGGUAGGAAAAGUUGGACCUGAUCCUGCCCUAGUACAACCUCAGAGCUCCACACCUCUGGCAUUUCCUCUGACUUGCCUUAUCUGCAUUUGCCCGUAUGUUGGUUGAAUAGCAAGCAUUUGGAAGAAGCAAGUGGCUAGCCCUCAUGGGAAGAGCUGGGCUCUCUGGAGGCAGGGCUGCCCCCUCCUCAUCCUUCAUGCCUGCCUUCAAGGGGCUGUUGUUGUCGACUCUUUGUUUCCCCCUGUCCUGCUCAGGUCUGGGAGUCACUGACGGAAUUGCUGACGUCCGUGGGGAACUACAGCCGCUACCGGCGGCGCUUUGCCGAGUGCGUGGGCUUUAAGUUCCCCAUCCUGGGGGUCCACCUCAAGGACCUGGUGGCCGUCCACGUGGCCCUCCCUGACUGGCUGGACCGGGCGCACAAGUGCCUCAACGGGAACAAGAUGCAGCAGCUGUUCAGCAUCCUCAGUGAGCUGGCCAUGGUCCAAAGCAUCCGUCCGCCCUUUGAGGCCAACCCUGACCUCCUCAACCUGCUCAUGGUAAGCUCUGCUUCUUCCCCCGUGCGCUUGGGUGUCCCCCCCAGUUUCCGGUCCUGGAGGGGUCCUGGAAUGCCAGUGCUUAGAGGUUGCUCCUUCCCAUCAAUCUCUUCCUUGCCCCACUUCAGAUUUCAAGACACUUGGUCAUUUUUGUGGGAAUGUUGAGGAUCGUAGGAGAGGAUAUAUUGAUUAAAUAUUAUCCUUCCUCACUCAUGCUAGUGAGUUAGUAGCAAGGCACAUUCUCUUAUACAUAGCAGGAAGCUAGUUGGUAGAUUUGUUUGAAUCUCUUGAGUUAAGCAAUCCAGUCUGGCUUGUCCUGAUUUGAUUGUUCCUGGUAAAUCUCCUUUAAGGUAAAGGUAAAGAGACCCCUGACCAUUAGGUCCAGUCGUGGACAACUCUGGGGUUGCAGUGCUCAUCUCGCUUUAUUGGUUGAACCAAGAGCAGUGCACGGAAACGCCGUUUACCUUCCCACCGAAGUGAUACCUAUUUAUCUACUUGCACUUUGACGUGCUUUCGAACUGCUAGGUUGGCAGGAGCAGGGACUGAGCAAUGGGAGCUCACUCCGUUGCGGGGAUUCGAACCGCUGACCUUCUGAUCGGCAAGCCCUAGGCUCUGUGGUUAACCCACAGCGCCACCUGCGUCUCUAAAAUCCCCUUUAGUUCCCUCUUAAAAAUAAUAAUGACACAACAGUCUUUAAAAAUAAUGAUAAGGUUUACUUACAUCAGGCUUCCUCAACCUUGGCUCUCCAGAUGUUUUUGGCCUACAACUCCCAUGAUCCCUAGCUAGGAGGACCAGUGGUCAGGGGUGAUGGAGAUUGUACUCUCAAAACAUCUGGAGGGCCGAGGUUGAGGAAGCCUGACUUACAUUCACUUCACAGAAUGAUCCUGAAGGCAGGCUUUAGCUUUUAGUUACAGUUACAGAGAAAGGUGUGGAUUUAUCCUUUUGUGAGGAAUGAGCCCAUGUGCUGCUGGCUGAGAAACAAGCACACAGCAAAAGCAUCAAGGAAGGUAGUCAAGAAAGUGAGAGCAUCAGGAGAGAAGGGAAGAUGGCUGCGUGACCAGCCCUUUUAUGGGGUCUCCCAGGGUCAUGCCCAUCUAUCUGGUCACACAGGGGGAGGAUGCUCCAGACCAGCUGUGACAGGAAGUCCACCUGGCUGGAGCAACAUUCCCCUGUGUGUCCACUCUGGGCAAACAGGAAAUGUUGUAUUUGACUGCUUUUGUGAUGUUACAUCCCACAAUUUUGGGGGGAUGCAGAUUGCUUGAGGUGACCUCUGGGUCUCCCUUUGCAACGCAGCCCAGUUGCAUUUGAGGCAGGGGGCCUACAAAACUUCCUCGACAAAGUUUGUUUAUUUAUUUUAGCUCAGUUGGUAGAGCAUGAGACUCUUAGAGUCACGGGUUCGAGUCCCAUGUUGAGUGAAAGAUUCCUGCAUUGCAGGGGGUUGGGCUAGAUGACCAUACAAUAAAACCACAGGAAAGUUAAAGAGAGACUUCAGUUAGCCAUUGUGGGAGGAUAUGUUCUUACAGUAAUUACCUGCAUGGACCUGGCCAGAAAAGCCCAGAAAAGUUUUCUGCUGGCAUUUAAAAGGUUGAAACAGAAGGAACCUGCUGAAUCUCCAGUGGCAGAGAGUUCCACUGGUGUGGGCUGGUGGUACAAAAGGCUCUUUUUCUCGUUGUUGUCUGAUGAGCUUCACCAACUCAGGGAAUGAUCAAUUACACUCCUGCAGAUGAUUAGUGACUGAGCUGGGAUAUAAGGACUCAGGUGGCCCCUGAAGCACCCUGGACUUAAAUACCCAUUUAGUGAGGGGGGCCCUCCAUUGAGCAGUGGGGAUCCCAUCCUUGCAGUUAGACGUUUUUGGAGAAAGAUUACAACAGAUCUAACAGGAAAGGGAGAAGCAGAAAUUCUUGUGGCACUUUCAAGGCUAGUUGUGGACUGAACUGAGGUCAGCCAGCAAGCAGAACAUUUUCUAUACAAAACGGGGACAACUCUAAUAUUGGAAACAGCAAGUCUCAAGCUCUGACUUUGCUUUGUGUGUGUCUCAGGUCUCCCUGGAUCAGUACCAGACAGAAGAGGAGAUCUACCAGCUCUCUCUGCAGCGGGAGCCCCGGAACAAAUCCACGGUAAGCCCCUAAUGAUACUGGCAGGAUCGAGACGGGGCCCGAAUCAAAGCAGCCCUAGUGUGUGUGGGAAAUGGCAGCGGAAGAGGAGUGUGUGUGUUUUUUCCUCAUCCCCUUGCCACCUUGUAACUGCCAGCUGAGAGACAGUGCAGUGCAGUGGUUAGAGUGUCAGACUCUGGGAGACUAGGGUUCAAAUCCCCCACUUGGCCAUGAGGCUCACUGGGUGACCUUGGGGGCCAGUCCCUGCAUCUUGGCCUAACCCUACCUCACAGGGUUGUUGUUUGGGGGAUUAAAUGAGGAGAGGGGGAGAACCAUGUAUGCUGCUACCUUCAGCUGUCUGGAGAAAAGGGUGUGGUAUAUAACUGCAAUCAAUCAAUCAGGGACGGGUGUGUGUGUGUGUGUGUGUGAGAGAGAGAGAGAGAGAGAGAGGUGUGGAUCGUGCCCAGGCGAGAACCUGUGAAACCCCACAAUCUUUCCUUUUUUGGGUCUGAGCCCUCGACCUGCCGCUUGUGGCCUUGGCCUCAUAUCUCCAUGGUGGAGCCCCUGCCGUUGCAUUCAGGCGGCCGCAGGUUCAACCCGCAGGAUCUCAAUUUCAGGAUCAGGGAAGAAAUUCUUGGGAAGAGCCUCCUUGGCCUCAGAAGCCCAGCUGAUCAGAGCAGCAGACCAUUUUGAUAUCUAUAUCUAUAUCUAUAUCUAUAUCUAUAUCUAUAUCUAUAUCUAUCUAUCUAUCUAUCUAUCUAUCUAUCUAUCUAUCUAUGCAGUGCUUUUUUUCUUAAAAAAUGUUUACGGGUACUCUCAUUUUCCUACUCAUAUUGAAAUACCGCCCCUCAAUGAGGCCAAACUUAGAUUCACAAAAUGUUUAGGGUAUGCGUACCCCUGCGUCUCCCUGGAAAACCCCACUGUAUAUAUGGAAUGAAUGGGGGAGGAGGCAGAGGGGAAGAGGGAGCUGUUUUGAAUUAGGCCAUCAGUCUGUAUUUACUACUGAGAAUGCAUAAAUAAAGACUGUUCAGAAAAAGAGGAAGAGCACGGGAGUCAUUGCUGGGCUGGGCAGGUCAUUGGUCGAUGGCUCAGGACAAGGCAGCGCCUUCUAUCCCUGGCGUGACCCUGAGUGACCCCCUCUGGCCUCCUUGGGAGGCGAGCAUGACAUGAGCAUUGCAAAUGGAUUUGACAUCUGGAGAGAGGAAGGGGGAAGAGCAGAAACUGCUGCAACAGGGGCAGCGAGAGAGUUACAAAGCACUUAAAGGCACAGGAUCAUAGAAUCGCAGAGUUGGAUGGGACCACGAGAGUCAUUUAGUCCAUGGGUAGGCAAACUAAGUCCUGGGGGCUGGAUCCGGCCCAAUGGCCUUCUAAAUCCAAUCCACGGACGGUCCGGGAAUCAGCAUGUUUUUACAUGAGUAGAAUGUGUCCUUUUAUUUAAAAUGCAUCUCUGGGUUAUUUGUAGGGCAGAGGAAUUCGUUCUCCCCUCCAAAAAAAAUAUAGUCCGCCCCCCCCAAGGUCUGAGGGACAGUGGACCGGCCCCCUGCUGAAAAGGUUUGCUGACCCCUGACUAGUCCAACCCCCUUCAAUGCAGGAAUCACAGCUAAGGAGUCCUUAACAGAUGCCCAUCUGACUGCUGCUUAAAAACCGCCAGUGAAGGAGAGUCCACCCCCUUCUCAGGUUGUCCAUUCCACUGUCAAACAGCUCAUGCCCCCUGAAAACUAUUCCUGAUAUUCAGUUGGAAUUUCUUUUCUUGUUAUUUGAAUCCGUUGGUUGGGGUCUUUCCCUCUGGAGCAGCAGAAAACAAUCUUGCUCUGUCUUCCCAGUGACAGCUCUUCAGAUAUUUCAAGCCUGCUAUCGUAUCCCUUCUCAGGCACAAGUGUGCCAAUGUUUAAUUUAUAUAGAGUCAUAGAAUUGUAGAGUUGGAAGGGGCCAUGAGGGUCAUCUAGUCCAACCCCCUGCAAUGCAGGGAUCUUUUGCUCCACUUGGGGCUUGAACCUACGAUCCUGAGAUUAACAUGAUCUACCCACUGAGAAAUGAUCAGGGUGGAGGCCCUGAACUGGGCGGCAUCACAUCCAUACUGUGCUUUGCAGUCUCCUAUGAGCAAAUAAUAGUUUUUGAAGUUCUGAAAAGGGUGGGUGGGUGAGGAGAUCUGGGGCUCAAUGCAAGAAGUCCAGGUCCAACCUCUAGCAACGCCCCUGCUGUGCAGCAAGAAGGUCCAGGGUCAGUUCUGCUUGUUGGGUUCUGCUUUCUUUUUGAGGAGGGGCACCUGGAGAGUCAAGGGAAGCGGGUGGUGCUGUGGGUUAAACCACAGAGCCUAGGGCUUGCCGAUCAGAAGGUUGCGGUUCGAAUCCCCAUGACGGGGUGAGCUCCCGUUGCUCGGUCCCUGCUCCUGCCAACCUAGCAGUUCGAAAGCACAUCAAAGUGCAAGUAGAUAAAAUAGGUACUGCUCCGGUGGGAAGGUAAAUGGCGUUUCCAUGCGCUGCUCUGGUUUUGCCAGAAACAGCUUAGUCAUGCUGGCCACAUGACUGUUUGCAGACAAACGUCCACUCCCUCGGCCUAUAGAGAUGAGCAUGCAACCCCAGAGUCAUCCGCAACUGGACCUAAUGGUCAGGGGUACCUUUACCUUUUACCUGGAGAGUCAGGGCACUUUUGCAAUACUUUACGUACAAAGAUGCAAGUGGAGACAAACAACCUAAGCAGGCAGAGGGCCAUCUCGGUAGUAGUGCCCACCCUAACCCUCCCAUCAGAUGUCAAGGAAAUAAGCAACUACAGUGGUACCUCGGGUUGCAGACUUCGCGAACCCAGAAAUAGUACCUCGGGUUAAGAACUUUGCUUCAGGAUGAGAACAGAAAUCGUGCUCUGGCAGCAGCAGGAGGCCCCAUUAGCUAAAGUGGUGCUUCAGGUUAAGAACAAUUUCAGGUUAAGAACGGACCUCCGGAACGAAUUUAGUUCUUUACCUGAGGUACCACUGUAUCUUACUUUUAGAAGACAUCUGAAGGCAGCCCUGUUUAAGGAUUUUUUUAAUGUUUAAUGCUGUAACAUGUUUUUAAUAUUUGAUUGGGAGCUGCCCAGAGUGUCUGGGGAAACCCAGCCAGAUGGGCAGGGCAUAAAUAAUAAAUUAUUAUUAUUAUUACUACUAAGCACUUCUAGGGGGUGACUGCCCACAUCAGCUCUCCUGCAUCCAACAAGGCACUUGUUUAUUAUUGGCAUCUGAUCGGCAGCCCAAGAAAGGAGGGUUCUCUGAUGGGCAGCUGUCAAUCAAACUUCCAGUCUUCCCCAACCAGAUGUUUUGGACUACAAGUCCCACCAGCCCCCCCCCCGAUAACACACUGUCUGGAGGGUUGAUGGAAGUUGUAGUCUAUAACAUCUGGAAAACCCCAGGUUGAGGAGGCCUGAGCUAGGUGGUCUGCUUCUGUCUUCCUGCUUGCCCCCUGCAGAAAAGACUGCCUUUAAUUCCUCCCAAUCUUCUUUACCUGCUAAGGUCAGGGAAGGGGCUGAGGGAGUCACCUUCCAAACUCUAGGAGGGCCCAACUAGGGUGAUGUUAAUUAAAAUUCAGGUGCCUGCUUUUUUGCUUUUCUUUUCUUUUUUACUGUGUAAAAGCAAAAGAAAGCCUGAGCAGCCUUGCUGGGGGGGUGGGUGGGUGCCAUGUUCUCUCCCUGCCAAGAGCUGCCUCUCCAAAGCUUGCCUUUGCAUUUCCAACGGAGGCAGCAGCUUCUGGGGAAUCUUCCCUUGAGAUGCAACUAACACCUUCAGAGAGUUAAACUCCUUGAUCCCAAGGCUGCUAUUUGCAUAUCCAGCCCCCUAAGAAACCAAAACCCUGUGCAUGUUAAGCACAUCCAGACAAUUAACUUUGCACAAGAUUCCUGCUCUUUAAUUUCCCUUAAGAGACCUCAGCUGAACAUUCCAGCCUUGUUAAAAUUAUUUCUCCCCAAAGCCCAACUCUGACCAGCCACUGUUACGUUCAGGUAAAGCUUUUGCGACUGCCCUAUCCUAUCUGUGCCCUCCUUUCUCUGGCAGGUAAUGUCUUGCAAAGGAUUGCUUCUGGGGUGGCAAGGGGUUGGGGGCCCAAGGGCUGUUGCCAGACUCUGCACAUGUCAGCCUGACCUGGAAAGCAAGUUUGGGGUCACUGAGCCCUGGUUCAAAACCUGGGUUUCCACUAUGUCCUUCUGCCCCCCACCCACCCCAAAAGGAAUUCUUCUACCCUCUCUUUUUUCCAUUUUUUUUUAAAACUGAAGCUUUGUCAUAAUACAGUAUGAUAAAAAACCCAAACUGAUCUAAAUGAGAAAAAAAGAGAAAAGAAAAUGCAAAGUCAUAGAACCAUAGAAUUGUAGAGUCAGAAGAGGCCUUGAGGAUCAUCUAACCUUGGUGUUUUCAGGUUGAUCUUAACUCUUGUCUCUUGCAGAAAGGGGUGGACUCCCCCAGCGCUCACCUGGCAGCUUCCCUUUCUUCUUCCAGCCUCCUAUCCUGGGAGAUGUUCCCUUCCCUGCCUCUUGCACAGGGUCCUUCAUCAACCAUCCAUCACUUUCUCAAUAGCAACCCAGAAGGAAUUCCUCUACCCUCUUUAUAAUGUUCAGAUUGUUGGCGCUCAUCCUGGGCAGCUUUUUAGCCACAGAUAUGCCACACACACAUGGACGUGGGUGGCGCUGUGGGUUAAACCACAGAGCUUAGGACUUGCCGAUCAGAAGGUCGGCAGUUCGAAUCCCCGUGAUGGUGUGAGCUCCUGUUGCUUGGUCCCUGCUCCUUCCAACCUAGCAGUUUGAAAGCACGUCAAGUGCAAGUAGAUAAAUAGGUACCGCUCCGGCGAGAAGGUAAACGGCUUAGUCAUGCUGGCCACAUGACCCAGAAGCUGUACGCCGGCUCCCUUGGCCAAUAAAGCGAGAUGAGCGCCACAACCCCGGAGUCGGCCACAACUGGACCUAAUGGUCAGGGGUCCCUUUACCUUUAUGCCACACACACACACCCGGCCAUCCAGUGGCCAUAAGGAUCAGUUCUGAGCAGUGUAAGAACAUCAGGACAUCAGAAGAUGAGGCCAGUGGCCCACAUAGUCCAGCAGCCUGUUCUCACAGCAGCCAGCCAGAUGGCCUAAUGGGAAACUGGCAAAGCAGGACUUUUGCACAAGAGCCCUCUCCCCUCCUGCCAUUUCCAGCAAUUGGCAUCGCUGCCUCCAACUAUGAAGGCAAAGCAGAGCCGUCAUGGCUAGCAGCUAUCAAUAACUCUUUCCAUGAAUUUAUCUAAUCCUGUUUUUAAAGCCAUCCAAGUGCAACUGGGAUAGUUCAGUUGGUAGAGCACGAGACUCUUGAGCUCAGGGUUGUGAGUUCGAGCCCCAUGUUGGGUAAAAUAUUCCUGCAUUGCCGGGGGUUGGACUAGAUGGGUUCUUGUGGUCCCUUCCAACUCUGCAGUUCUAUGGUGGCCGCCACUGCCUCCUGGGGUAUAUUGUGUGUAUGUUUGUGUUUGUGUACGUGUAUAUGUGUGUGCAUUAAUGCCGGGAUGGUGUUGGGGCCUGAAUUUAACCAUCCUUCCCAGCCUAUCCCAGGCUUCCUCCCUUGGGGACCCGUUUCCUGUGGUCAGGGAACAGAAGCCACCGGAUACAACUGUAUGUUUGCGAUCGAGCUCUGCUGCUGCUUCUCCUUCUGCCCCCACCUCCCCCCACUCCCAACGACAGCUCUUGAAAAAAAUUGUCCCAUCUGCACUUUUAAGCAAAGCAAACCUGGCUUUGCACUUCCUGCGGACUGACAUGCAGAUUUGAACCCGUUUAUCCCUUUGCUUUUCCGCACUUCUCCAAAUUGAGCAAUAUAGCUCUUGCUCAGAAUACGCAAAGUGCUGCAUUUUAGGAUAAAAUGCAGAAGAAAUGUGGUUUUUUUCCCAUUUUUUGGAAAUAAUUUUUAUUGUUUUACAAAAUAAAUCACACGAUUAACACAGUUAAAUUUUGAAAUGAAACAAGAUUUUUCCAAAUCUUAGGACUUCCCUCCUCCUCUCCGUGGAUCCUUUAAAUAUCUUAAUCAACUGCAUAUUUUAGCUCAUCCAAAUUAUGGUCUUUCAGGAGACAGUUAAUAUUUCGGGGGAGAAAUGCAAAAAAAAUUGUGUAUUUCGUGGAAAAAAUGACGCUAGUACAAAAGUUUGUGCCCUAAAAAUCGCGGAAUGCUGCAGAAGCGGAAAACAAGGGGAGCAUGUGAGAAAUUGUCACAGGGCAGAAACAGAUUGCUCUGUCCCUCCCUCCCUCCCACCAGCUGCCCUAUUGGUGGUGGGGCAGCCCCAGGGAUGCUGCCUAGAAGGGGUGGUCAGGGGGUUGCCCAAAGAGGGGUGUUGCUUGGCCAGAGCGCUAGGACCCAAGGAGCUGGGUGGCCAGCAGGGGAGCCAGGGUGGGGCCGUUGCUGAAGGGUGUGGGGAACCUGGGUUCAAGGGCUGCUCCUUGAAGUGGGCCGAGGGUGGUUGGAUGAGCAUCCUCCAUCUCUCCAUCUCACCUUCUUCCAGGUGUGUAAUGAGGAUAAAAUCAGGUUUCUCUCUCUGAACUCCUUGGAGGAAAUAUAAUGAAGGCAAACAUGGUGGACUCGUGUCCCUUCUGCGCUCCACCCCAGCGCCAGCUGCCUCUUAAUGCAGCACAUGUGGCCCCUGCAGAUUUUAGUUUAGUGAAAAGGCAGGUAAGAGGUGGGCACAAUAGAAGUUUAUAAAAUUGUGCAUGGCAGGGAGAAAGUGGAUAGAGAGAAGUUAUUUCUCCCUGUCGUGUAAUACUAGAACUCGUGGGCUUCCAAUAAAGCUGAAUAUUAGAAGGUUUGGGAGAGAGAGAAAAGAAAGGACUUCUUCACAGAGCACACAGUUAAACUGCGGAACUCACUGCCACAGGAAGCAGUGAUGACCACCAACUUGGAUGGCUUUAAAAGAGGAUUGGGAUGAUUUGUGGAUGACGAGGAGGCUAUCUGCAGCUACUAGCCUUGAUGGCUAUUCUUUUGCUGCCACAGUGGGAGGCAGCAGUGCUUCUGAACCCCAGUAGGGUAGAGGGCCCUUGUGCUCAGAUCCUGCUUCUGGGUUUCCCAGAAGAAGCAUCUGGUUGGCCACUAUGAGAACAGGAUGUUGGGCUUAGACGGCCAUUGACCUGAUCCAGCCAUGGGGCUCUUUUUAUUUUGUUCUGCUUUUUGUGCUGAGCUGCAUUCCUGAGUUUUCGUGGUUUAUCUCCUUGCUGCUAUUUUUUCCAAAUGGCAUUUCUCUCCUGUUUUUAAACUCCUUCUGUACAACUGUGUUUCUGGAUUGUGAACUUGCUAUUUUCAAAAUGGCUAAAUUUCUGGAGAAUAGGAUAUUGAAGGGUGGUGGUGGUGUUUUUUUUAAAAGUAUGUCAGCUAUCUUGGGGGAAUAAAAGAAAGCAGAGACAUAUUUUGAAUGGAUGAAUAGUUUCACUUUCUCCUCCUGCAGCCUUCCAGCCCCACGUCCUCCACCCCCCCACCCCAGCCCGUGGUCAUUGAGGAGUGGGCAUCAGUGCCCAAACCCAAACCGGACCAGGCGAUUGUGCGGAAGCACAUUGAGAAGAUGGUUGAGGUAGGACUUGGGGUGGGUGGGGAGUAGCAGAGGGAGGGAAGGGUGUGCAGAGAAAGAUCCCGGUGAUGGUUACAUCCAGGAAGAAUCUAGACACACAUAAAAAAAGCAUUGUGAAAAUGCUUUUUUAAAAAAACCGUUUGAAAAAAAGAUAUUGAAUUUGCCAUAGCUCACCAUCGCCAUCUAUUGUCACAUUUGUAUAAUGCACUUUACAGCACACUUAAAACGUUUUGUUUGCUGAGUCCCAGAUAAUACAUUAGAGGCUCCUUAGGUCUGGAGGCUCAUCGUAGGGACAAGUGACUUUUUUUGUUAAAAGUUGAGCAAUUUCACAUUUGAGUUCUUUGAGGACUUGUGUGGGGAUGCUACCCAGAACCGGUGAUUUUUAUUUAUCUUGUCCCCAAGGCCUCGAAUUUUGUCUCAUGCCAUUGUUAUUUGCCUCGGUUCUUCACAUUCCCUUCCUGUGAAAAUCAUUUUGGACGUAAAACUUAGGGAACAAGCUGUGCUAUCAUAAUGAUUAAGGUUUUAAAUGAUAAUUUUAGGUUAUAUGUUAGUGACUAAGUUUUAAUUUAUAUAUAUUUUAAACUGUUGCUGUAUCUGUAUUGUCCCUGUUAUACCUAACUGCAAAUUCAAAUGUCUCCCUGUCAUGUUUUAUGACUUCCUUGAUAUUGUAUGUGGGCUAGAACUGGUCUGUGACCGAAAUAAUAAAAUUCAAUUCAAUUUUGGGCACAGGGAUUUGCCCUCUAUCUUCCAUUGUGAAGACAGAUGCAAAUAAUUGAUUUGGCUUCUCUGCAAACUCCUUAUCCUCCUUUAGCGCUCCUUAGACUCCCUUGUCAUCCAAGGGUGAGGGGUGAGGGGCAGAAACAUAGCCAGGGAUUUUCAGGGGGAAGUGUGGGUGAUUAUAUUGGCUACACUUCAGUGAUGUCUUGCUUCCAACUUACCCCCAUCUUUCUUUCAGUCUGUCUUCAGGAACUUUGAUGUGGAUGGAGACGGGCACAUUUCCCAGGAAGAGUUCAAGAUCAUCCGGAAUAACUUCCCGUACCUGUGCAAAUUUGGAGACCUGGAUGAGAAUCAGUGAGUUGCCCCUCAGGGAGGUUCAAACCAGCCUGAGGCUCGAACAACUUCCAUCCCACCCCAAAUGUCAUCCCUACCUGCCCUGUUUGUUCGUUUCUUAUAUAUUAAUUACUAGGUUAAAGGUAAAGGGACCCCUGACCAUUAGGUCCAGUCGUGGCCGACUCUGGGGUUGCGGCGCUCAUCUCGCUUUACUGGCUGAGGGAGCCGGCGUACAGCUUCCGGGUCAUGUAGCCAGCAUGACUAAGCCACUUCUGGCGAACCAGAGCAGCGCACGGAAACACCGUUUACCUUCCUGCCGGAGCGGUACCUAUUUAUCUACUGCACUUUGACGAGUUUUCGAACUGCUAGGUUGGCAGGAAAUUACUAGGUUACUAAAUAAAUAAAUCACCUUAUUCUUAAUUAUUAUUCACCCCAUCUUUUUGUUUCCAUUUAGAAGCACCCAAAGUGGCUUGCAUCAAAAACACAAAAGCUUAACCAUGGCAUUACCAUUGAAACUCAGAACUUGGUUAUUUGAGUUGCUGAAUUCAGUUUGAGAAACAAUAGUUUUCAAAAAUGGAUGCAGGCCUCCAAUGGUCCACCCACAUUUCCGUUUCUCCCGUGAUUUCAAAUUGUGGGGUUUUUUCCUUGUCCUGCCACUUUCCUGCCUGUGGAGUUUGAGAAUGAGCCACUCUGAAGUCUUGAGGAGAGUGAGAGUUGAACGCAGCCAAGUUAAGAGGCUUGUGUGUCACCUUUGAAGAUUAACAGGUUGCCUGCGGCAGACGGUUGGACCACAGUCUGCUCCAUCAGAUAUGCUUGUAGCCGUAAUUAUUGUGGUUUGUGUCCUAUGUAAAAAGGCACUUGACCCAGACCUGCUUUUGAGCGUGGGUGUAUCGUAGAAUCGUACAGCUGGAAGGACCACUAAGGGUCAUUUAGUCCAACCCCAUGCAGUGUAUUAUUGGGGUGGCUCCAAGCUGCUUAUGGGGCGCACAUCUCGAACUCCUGGUUAGGUUUUGCCAUUUGGGUCAUGCCUUUCUCCAAGUUGUGCAAACGUGACAGUUUUGAUUGGAUCUUGCAGAUCUGUAGAUCUUGCAGGAGAUUGUCGCCCCCCCCCCCCGUCAUGGAGAGAGAGAGAGGGAUAGAAGGAAGCCGGAUUUGAGGUUUCAGGGGCAGAUAAACUUUUAGGUCUCUUUAAAAAAAUAAAAAAAAGUUUUCCGACCCAAGUUGCGCCUUGAACUUUUGUGCAAAUAAGGAACUGGGAACCCGCUACAGCGCUGGUUGUCAAAAUAAACCUGUUUGCCUUUUGCACAAACCUCUUUCUUGUUUUUGCUGCCGUGGAUGAACACAGAAGUUCAUCCUUGCAAAAUUGUUUUGAAGAAGCAGGAGGGCUGUUUGAAAGCUUGAGCUGUUUUUUCCUGAAGUGUGUUCUUACACCUUUCUCUCUCUCUCUCCCUCCCCCCCUCUCUCUCCACCCACACCCACCCACCCACCCACCCACCCACCCACACUUUUCUGCUUUGUGAUCAGAGUCGACUUUGCAAAACGAAUCUUCAUACCACUUGAAUUGUGUGUGUGUGUUGCGGGGCAGGGAGUGAAGAGAGAGACAUGGGGGUGAAUUUCAUGUUCCUUCUGGCAGAGUUGGAGUUUGCUUCUCUUCCUUGGGAGAAGACCAAGGCACCCUGGCUCUCAGCCCACCCUGCGAGCUUCCUCUGGGACUGAGCGACGCAAAACUAUGACAGCCCCAGAGUCCUCCUCACAGGCCCCAAACACCAACAUCGCUCCUUAUUUGGUGACCUGCCUCUCUUGCCUGCUCUGCUUUGCUACAGCCACCUCCACCCCAAAACUCUGUGUGUGUGUGUGUGUGUGUGUGUGUGUGUGUGUGCAGAGGAGCGGGUGACGUGGGGGAUCUUUCCUCACUCAUUCUCUGAAUCUCUGUGGUUUCCGGGGCUGCCUCCACCCUGCCUCUCGGUGUGUGGGAACUGGGAGGGGCGAGGCGUGGCAGGGAUAGUGGCUGCCUCUUCACAAAACAUUGUGCUCAAAGGCUGCCCCAUAUUUGUCCUCAGGGACACCUAAAGACAUGGCCCUCUCCUACUUCCCCACCUGAGAACCCACCCCCCCUUGUGCAGCUGGGGCUUAUUUUAAAAACAGAGAGAGGCACCCCCUUUCUGGGGUGUGGGCCUGAUCUGUGGCUGCUCUCAGGGUUGAGGAGGGAAAAUAACUCUUCCCCCCACUCCCUGUGCUAAGACAAGCAAUACAGUGGUACCUUGGGUUACAGACGCUUCAGGUUACAGAUGCUUCAGGUUACAGAUUCCGCUAACCCAGAAAUAGUACCUCAGAUUAAGAACUUUGCUUCAGGAUGAGAACAGAAAUCGUGCUCUGGCGGCGUGGGAGCAGUGGGAGGCCCCAUUAGCUAAAGUAGUACCUCAGGUUAAGAACAGUUUCAGGUUAAGAAUGGACCUCCAGAACGAAUUAAGUUCUUAACUCGAGGUACCACUGUAGUUUAAGGGUGGUCUGGCGGUGACAGAGCUGAGCUAAAUCGGGGCAACGCUUUGGUCAUUUAUUUGUCUGCUUACUGCCUUAGUGGCCUCCCUUUUGAAACAAAGUGCGUGGGUCUCUCCCACCCUUCCCUUUUGUCCUCACAACAACCCUACGAGGUAGGCGAGGCUGAGAGAAUGUGACUGGCUUCUAUGGGCCACUCGGUGAAUCGCUGCCUGGAAUGGGGAAUUAAACUCUGGUCCUCCCUCCUAGUUCUAACCCUGCUUUCUAAGCUGCUUUUCAAGCAAGGGUCCGAGCAUUUUUGCCUUUGGCCCACUUUUCCCCAUGAAAAACUUGCUCUUUAGUGCUAAAUCGGAACAAACAGCAAUCCGUGGAAAACCCCUUUGUUCCAAUUCAGCACUAAAGCACAGGUUUUCCCGGGGGUGGGUGGGGAAUGAUGGGGCAAGCAGAAAUGUUGAUGAGCCCUAAUCUAAGGGCAUGGAGAUCUCCUCUUUUCUGUUGAAGGCUGCAUCCCCUCAACAUUAAUUUGUAUGUGGAGGUGGGUGGGGGUCUAGACUACAAAGUGCCUAGGGCCCUCCCACUUUUUGUCAUGCCCCACACCUUCUCUCUCUCUGGCAAGUGAAGCCAGGAUGUCCCCGUCCAGGAACAGCCAUCGCUAGUGAACCAGACUCAGCAGUCUUGACUAUAGGAGUCAUUUGAGAUUCUUGUGACAAUUUGGAAACCAGGAGCGCCCCUUGAUUUUGAGGUGUUUAAAACCAAUCGAGGUGUUUAUAGAUUUUAUGAAAUAAAAUAAAUCGUGUUAGAAGAGUCUGUUGGAUCAGGUGUGUUGGAAGUGGGCCGGCUGGCUUGUAGCAUCUCACUGUUAACGGAGAAAUCUGAGGGCUCCCUUGGACAAAAAACAAGGACACCAGCCAGGAAUACCAGAGCAAAACAGCAGCCAGUAGGCUUGGUCUUUAUUGAAGACUGUCGUGACAGGACUCCCACCUGCCACAAGGUGAAACAAGAUGGAAGCCCCGAACAAAAGAGCCCCCAAACUUUUAUUAGCUGCUAAUCCCCAUGUUACACCACCCCAACCUACAUCACUAAUACAUCAUGGUUACAUCAUGGAAGGGGAGGUCUGGUGGCAGUAAUCUGAGCAUCCUGGACCCUGCCCCAAGGUUCUCCUUGCCCUCCACCAAACACCCAUCAAGUGUAACAAAAGAGAUAUUUACAUUUCCCUGUUUCCCAGCCAAGUUAACCACACCCUUUUGUCUUCAUCAGGUAUCAGGAGGCCAGGAAUUAUCACUCAGGCAGAGGGGCUGCUGAGUAGCUGAGCUCACAUGUCUAUAUAAAUUUCUGAAGUUUUCCCAGUGGGCCAGUACAUAGAUACAUUUAUCAGUGAAUUGUUACAUUUGGUAUCAUGCAGCAAAGGCCCUUUGAGCAGAUAGGAAGAAACUGUGAUGAAGUGUUUUGUGGGGACAAAUCACAAAAGUCACAAAAGUGAUUGUGCUGGUUUUGGUAGUGGGCUGCGUGUGCAUAUACAUAAAUUCCUGCAACAUCACCCCCCCCCCCAGCACAGAAACGCCUCUCGGUCUAAGGCUUGGAUCCUGCAAACGAGCCUUGGCCCCAAUCAAAUGCGCUUUCUUCUCUUCCCACAGGGACGGCUGCAUCAGUCGGGAAGAGAUGAUCUCCUACUUCAUGAAGUCCAGCACAGAUCUCAACGGCAAGAUGGGCUUCAUCCACAGCUUCCACGAGACCACGUUCCUGCGCCCCGUGGCAUGUCGCCACUGCAAAGGCCUGGUGAGCUAAUCAUAGGAUUCUGCAGGAGAAAGGGACCCCCAAAGGUUGUCUAGUCCAGCCCCCUGCAGUGCGGGAAUCGCAGCUGAAGAAUCCUCCACGGAGCUCAAGGUGGUGCCCGUGCUUCUCCCCUUCCUCAUUUAACCCCCCCUCCCCACUCCCAAGCAAGAACCCCCUGCAAGGGAGGUUAGGCCGAGAGGCAGGGACUGACCUCAAAAUCACCCAGUGAAUCUCAUGGCCAAGUGGGGAUUUGAACCCUUGUCUCUCUCAGGUCUUAGGCAGACACUCUAACCACUACACCACUGGCUCUCCCAAAGCGAAACAGGAUUUGCUUAUCAUGCCAUAGCAGUUUUUAUGUCUUCCCCAUUGUAAAGGUUGUGGCCAUUUUAUUACUGUGAUUGCCUUGUUCUGAGGCAUCUGAGGUUCCGAGAUGCAGAUUUGUAAUAUGGGCUGCAUAUUUUAGUUUGAGGGCUGAAGAAGAAGCGUCUUGGGGUUCAAAAGCCUCUGCUGCCCUUCAUCUACCUUUCAGGGUUUUUUCUCUCUCUUUCCCCCCAGUCAUGCAUGUUAGCAAGCUUUUGAAUUGCACAGACCUCUUGUACUUCUGCCCAAGUGACCUGUGUAGUCCGAAACUUGCGGCACUCCUUUACCAAUACCAUUUGCACCCUAAGCAAAGUCCCUAGGAACCACUUUGGGUCUAAUUUCCUUUCUUUAGGGCCAGCCACUCAGUUUAAUCUGUCUUCUAAGAAACUGAAAGGCGAGAGGAGGAAUGAAUUGGAGGACUGUGUGUGUGGUUUCUUUUGGGCCACCUGAACCUUAAGUGACCUGAACGGGACAUUUUUUUCUCCCUCCUCCCUCUCCAGAUCCUUGGACUCUACAAGCAAGGACUAAAAUGUCGGGGUAAGUUGCAGCAGGAGAGAUUCAGAGAUGGGUGAAAAGUGUUGGGGAGGGGGGCCUAAGAGACUUUAUGGCUAUCCUUGGAGUGGGGAGUUUCCCUAGACCUUUGUGAAGCAGGGCCAAAUUUCAGUCAAGGCUUAGCACUAGAGCUUGUUUUCGAUGGCAGGUAGGAAAAAAUGCUCGUCCUCUGAGCAUGUACAGAGUGCUCUCCACUGGAUCGAAGCCAGAACUUCCCUGGCUGAGAAUAUAUUUUCUGGUCACCUGAACCUUUGCAGGACAGGUGAGCAACAAGUGGCCUUUGGGGGGGGGCACAAGCAGCCCUUCGCCUCCCCAGGUGUGUCACCAUCCCCAGGUGGGACAGAGGAAUUGUAUGGAUGGGGCAUGAAUGAGUGAAAGGCAGAGAGGAAUGAAGGAAGGUAAAGUAGAGUUUGCAUGAGAGGAAGAGCCAGAGGUGUGUGCUGCUGGAUGGAAGAAGGGGUGGAGAGAAGGGGUGCCCCACCCACUUUUUUGCCUUGGCCCUGCCCCCUUCUCCAAGGGAAUGGGCUACUCCCCUUCGCCUCCACCUGGAGAGUUUGUUUUGCGGAAAUCCAGUCCUUGCAUGUCCGUAAUCUGGACAGGGCUGCAAGCACUGACCAUUGAUGUCUGCGGAGGAGAGGCAACUGCCAUCCUUGCCCUGCAAGAGGGGUCUGUGGCCUCACUCCUGGCUUCCCUUGUGUGCCCUCCAGCCUGCGGGGUGAGCUGCCACAAGCAGUGUCGGGACCUGCUCUCCGUCGAGUGUCGCAAACGCACCAAAAGCGUCAGCCUGGACGGCCCUGCCUCUCUACCUGCCCGCUCCUUCAGCUUCUCCUUGCCCCGGCCCGGGCGGGCAGCAUCUCUGCGGCAUACAGGUAUGGAGAGCCCCCUAGGUAAAGAUAAAGGGACCCCUGACCAUUAGGUCCAGUCAUGGCCGACUGGGGCUGCGGCACUCAUCUCGCUUUAUUGGCUGAGGGAGCCGGCGUACAACUUCCGGGUCAUGUGGCCAGCAUGACUAAGCCGCUUCUGGCGAACCAGAGCAGCGCACGGAAACGCUGUUUACCUUCCUGCUGGAGUGGUACCUAUUUAUCUACUUGUACUCUGACGUGUUUUUGAACUGGUAGGUUGGCAUGAACAGGGACUGAGCAACGGAAGCUCACCCCGUCGCGGGGAUUCGAACCACUGACCUUCUGAUCGGCAAGUCCUAAGCUCUGUGGUUUAACCCACAGCGCCACCCGCGUCCCUAAGGGGAGACCCCCCUACGCACAGUCUUUCUCUGUCUCCCCCCACUCCACAGUUGGGGUGGCGGCAGCUAUGAAUGAACAUUGUCCUUCCACCCUCCUUUUUGGAGACCCUCUUGCUGUGCCAUGGCACAAAUUGGAUUGGGUGGUGUCCGUCUUGCCCAGAGAAAGCUCAUACGUUUAGAAAACCGAGGCCUGUCUCCAACAUCCGGCACACAGGGGUAGACUCUCUUGAAGCAUGGAGGCUCCUUUGGCUGCCAUGGUUGAUGCAGGGGAGAGACAUGGAGAGGCUGUAGCUCGGCAGCAGAGUGACUGCUUUGCUUUCAGAAGGUCCCAGCCAGGUUCAUUCUCUGUCACCUCCAAGCCAGGCUGGAAAAGACACCCAUCUGAGAUGGAGGAGGAGAGAUGCUGCCGGCCAGUGUGGGCUGCCAACUGUUUUGAGCUAGAAGGGCUUGGGAUAUUGCGGAAGACCAAGUCAGACACCUGGUCCAUGUAGCUCAGUAUAGUUUCCGCAUUGGCUGGCAGCAGCUUAAAAUGCAGAGCAGUCAUUCGCUAGACAGUAUACCUGAAGGAGCGUCUCCACCCCCAUUGUUCAGCCUGGACACUGAGGUCCACCUCUGAGGGCCUUCUGGCGGUUCUCUCACUGCGAGAAGUGAGGUUCCAGGGAACCAGGCAGAGGGCCUUUUCGGUAGUGGCACCAGCCCUGUGGAACACCCUCCUAUCUGAUGACAAGGAAAUAAACUAUCUGACUUUUAGAAGACACCUGAAAGCAGUCUUGUUUAGGGAAGUUUUUAAUGUUUGAUGUUUUAUCCUGUUCUUAAUAUUCUGUUGGGAGCUGCCCAGAGUGGCUGGGGAAACCCAGCCAGAUGGGCGUAAAUUAUUAUUAUUAUUAUUAUUAUUAGGGGUUUGUAGCUUGAAUCUGCUUGUUUCCAAUUGUCAGCACAUUAGAUGGACCCGCUUGCCCUUCCUCUUUCUCUCCCAGAAACAUGCAUCUGUUGCUGUCCCCAGCUCCUCUUAUUUUUCUCUUUAUCUUUGCAUCCCUCGUUCUUUUUCUCGCAAGCCCACUUGCCCCUCCUUCCUUCCCCACCCGCUGAGCCUCGCCCUGGACCGGAAACCCACUUCCCUCUCCGAUAACGGUUCAGCCCAGCCUGGCUUCCUGCCAUGUUCGCUUCUGGCUGACAAUAACUCUCGGACGGGCUUCCUGCCUGGGUCACAUCCACCCCUCGCUCACUCUGUGUCUUUUCGCUUUGGGAAGAGGCCAUCAUGGUGAGACCGUAAGGGCAGCCUUCUGGGCCAAGCCAAUGGCCCAUUGAGUCCAGCACCCUGUUCUCAAGAGAGGCCAACCAGGUGCCCCAACGGGAAACCAAUAAGCAGGACCCCAGCACAAGAGCCCUCUCUCCUCCUGUGGUUUCCAGCAACUUAUUCCUCUUGUGCUGGGCCCGGGGGUAACCCGUGAAAUGCGGUCCAGGACCGGUCCAGAAUCCGCAGGUUCUGCUGGGAGUCAGUCCAACAGGGCCAAGGCAGGACACAAGGCAGGAAACCAGGCAAGGACAGGUGCAGGAUCUCAGGCAGGAUCUAGCAUACAGCAGUGUUGCUCCCACAACCUGGGGCAGGGUCCGACAGCCUUUUAUCUUUGUCAGGGUAGUGGCUGGUCCUGAUCCCCCAGCGACUCACCUCCCUGUUUCGCCCGAAGGUGAACACUCCUCCUGCGAGUACUCAGGUCUCUCCUUCUCUCAGACCUUAGUCUCUGCAGCUCGGGAGACGUCGGUGGGUUACUAGACCCAGGGGCCGCCUCAGUCUCCCCUGACCCAACCGGUAGUGGAGCAGCUGUAAGUGAUGGCCCAGCUGAAGGCAACGAGGUAAUCCCCGCAUCUGGAGCCAGGGCAGGCUCAGGCCCCUGACUCAGCCCAGCUGGUGUUUGUUGCAGGGCAACCUGUGCAGACUGGGACUCUUCAGGAUCAGGCCCCAGACUUGGUUCAGAUGAUGCCUGAGGCAAAGGAUCCAGUGCAGACUGAGUCUCCUCUGGUUCUGAGUCCGAGCCCGAGUCCCAGGCCAUCACACCUCUAUUGCAGAAGGUUGGACUGGAUGACCCUUGGGAUCCCUUCCAACUCUAUGAUUCUGUUAUUCCAACUGGUAUUCAGAAGCAUUGCUUCUGACCAUGGAGACAGGCAUAGCCGUCAUGGCCGGUAGUCAUUGAGAGCCUUGUCCUCCCAUCAGUUUGCCUAAUCCUCUUUUAAAGGUGUCUUAUGCUGGUGGUAAUCACGCCUCCUGUGGCAGUGAGUUCCAUAGUUUAGCUACACGCUGAAUGAAGGAGGACUUUCUUUUGUAGGUCAGGGCUGGCUUCGGGGGACUUCGUGGCUCAAUAGCAAAGCACUCACUUUGUGCACGGAAGAUCCCAGUGGCAGCAUCUCCAGCCAGGGCUGGGAAAAGGCUCUCACCUGAGACCCUGGAGCUGCCAGUCAGUGUAGACAGUACUGAGAUAUAUGGACCUGACUACAAUACAAAACAGCUGCUUCCUACGUCCCUGUGGGUUGGGGUGCGGUGCAGUGCGGGAGAAAUUUCAGUUAUCUGGGCUAUUUUCUACUUCUGUAGAAAAUAGAAGCAGUGUGAUGUGGCAAAAUGCAGCGUUUCUCGGGUGGAGUGACAGUGGCAGGGAGGAACCACAGUGCAAACAUUUUUGUAAACCACUUCCGGGGUUUUAUUACCAUCGAGCAGCAUGUGAAUGGUGAGAAAUAAAAUAAAGGAAAUAUGUCAAUCUCAUGAGUUGGGUUAAAAAGCCCCUUUGCAAUAUCUGAGUGUGAAGCCCCUCUCCGCAUGUCAUUGUUCCUCUCGCCAUCACCGCCUUCCACCCUGCAAAACAUCAGCUGCUUCUCCCUGUAGCACCUUGCAAUGGCUGGAUUGUGGAGGAGCAUCUCCCCCUGGCGUCCUCUGCCUGCUUCGCAACCCAGGAGUUUGAGAUUAGUUUGGCAGUGGCUGCUCUGCAUUGAUCCAGGGGGAGAAGGAAAAGAGGAAGGUGGCUUUCCCUUCCUGCAGCUGCUGAAUUCAUGGCCGAUGAAUAUAUACCCCUUGAGAUAGAUUAUAUAUAUAUAUAUAUAUAUAUAUAUAUAUAUAUAUAUAUAUAUAUAAAGUCAUUGAAUCAGUUUACAUAAAAUAAAAUUGCUUAAGUUAUCUAAAAGAAAAAUUAAAAAGUUGAGACUUUUGGAAAGUUAAAGCAACAGUAGACUAAAAACAGAUUAAAACUUGCAUCGGUUUUCUAAAUAUCUGGAUGGGCUUGUCUAAAGAAAUGUGUUUCUAGCUGGCGCCCCAAAGAGUAUGGGGAUAUCAAUAGGCAGGUAUCAAGGCUGGAGACGGGAGAAAGUCAGCAAUAGCUCACAAGACGCCAGUGAAGUUAACCCUUUAGUCAAACCGAAGCGGUGCAGGCCUAGUGAUCACAGCGACUCUUCCCAGUAGCUCUUGCCCCAAUGAGGCCGUUGCGAGGACUGAAGGUCCCUGCCUUCCUGCCGCUUCUCUAAGACUCCUCCCCCAUUUCCUCCCCCAGCAGCCUCAGGCUCCUUUCUCUUGUCUCUCAUUGCUCUGCCCUCUUCAUACCUCUGCAGGUUCUGUGGGGAGGGGAGCUGGUCACAGCAAGAGGGGGAGACUCCCUAGAUUCUUCAGCUGCCAGCCUCGUCUCCCGGCCACCCUCUCCUGCCUCUGCUUCUAGUCUUCUCUUCCUGCUCACCAAACGCAGUUGCUUCUUCAGCUUCUGACCCCUCCUCCCCCCCCGGCCUUCCCCCUCUGACCACUCAUCAUGGUCCCACCGCCACUCCCUGGGCUCUGAGCCUUCUUCUCCUGGGGGUUCCCCAGUUGGCGCAUCCCAGCACUCCUCGGCAUCCAGCCAAACCACGACAGCAGGGAGUUCCAGUGUGUGGGUGCUGCUGCCACAUUAAAAGCCUUUGCAAAUGCGGAACACGUAUUACGUGGCACCUGUCAUAGAGUCAGUUCUGCAAACUAAAGCAGUCAAGUGGGUCCAUAUAUGGGGUAUACAUUGCUGGGGGGGUUAAUAUUUUUGCAGCAAAGAUCUGGGAGGAUGCCAGAAUAUAUUGGCCCCCUUUUCCAUAGAAAAACCUUAUAUUAACUUUGGUAGAUCUUUGGGCAUUUGCAAUAGUAUUUUUAACCUGAUAAUGCCACGAGACCUUUUCCUGGAAGGUUAUACCCAGGUAUUUAAAAGAUGAUACGUGUUCAAUAGGUUGAUUGUCAAUUCUCCAUUUGUGUCUCAUUCGUUUUUUAGAGAGCACCAUAACUUUGCUAUAGUUAAUUGUUAAUUGUCUGGCAUGACAAUACAGUGGUAGCUCUGGAUGCGAAUGGGAUCUGCUCCGGAGCCCCGUUCGCAUCCUGAAGUGAAUGUAACAUGCAACUGGCAUCUGCGCAUGUGCGGGUCGCGUUUUGCCGCUUCCGCGCAUGUGCGUGACGUCAUUUUGAGCAUCUGCGUGGGUGCGCGAGCGGCGAAACCCAGAAGUAAUGUGCUCCAUUACUUCUGGGUCACCACCGAACGCAACCUGAAAAUAUUCAUCCCGAAGCUACUUCAACCAGAGGUAUGACUGUAAGCAGCGAGAGAUCUUAGAAGUUUUCCUAGGCCUACACAGGGAGGGGUGUACCAGCUAAUUUAGGGGGUUUGGCUUUCUCCAUGUUUCCUACUAAUAUAGAAGUUGAAUAAAGUAGGCACAAGGACGCAGCCUUGUUUAACACCAGAUUUCCUUGGAUAAAUGGCCCUGUCAGUCACACCUAACCCGGACCCGAGUGUUUUCAUAUAAACUGUGGAUGAGACACAGUAGAUGUCUGUCUAUGUUUGAGGCCCUUAGUUUUUCCCAAAGCCUAUCUUGUGAUAUUAAAUUGAAGGCAAAUUCAAAUGUAUCCCUAUGACUUCCUUGAUAUUGUAUGUGGGCUGGAACUGGUCUGUGACUGAAAUAAUGAAUUUCAUUCAUUGCUGGGGGCUGUAAUUCAAGGAACCUAGCGAAAGUGCCUUUCAAUUCAACCCCUAUCCUCCUUCGGGUCUCCUUUCAGAAAUCCAGGAAGAGGACACGCAAGCGGUGGAGGACGGGGUCUUUGACGUCCACCUAUGAGGCCGAUGCCAGAGGGGGCAGCCUGUGGGGCUGGCGUGUCAGGUGAGGAUGGCUGAGGGUUCCCGGCUUCCCAUUCUGGUCCUGGGGGUGAAAGGGACGGGGGAGGGGCUGCUAAGGAGGAAAAGGGCCCCGCAGUGCUUUGUCCUGGCUCUUCCUCACUCUGAGCUGUGGCUAUUGCAUGGAGAGCACCCUCUGCACGGCCCACCUUUGGAAGUGGAGCCCAGGAAUGUGGACCGUGCACCCCCCCUUUCCAGCUAUUUCUGGGCAAUAUGCCUUGCACGGUCCUUCAGCAUCGGCCAUCCUAGUUGGUGAUGAUGAGAACAGGGGGCCAAAAGGUCCUGGAAGGAGUUGGGCAUCGCUCCAAUAGCAAAGGCAGUCUCUCCCCUCCUCGGAGUGGGGCAACUUAGAAGCAAGGCAGGGGCAAUGGCAUGCUUGAUGUUUGCAAACACACACACACACCUCUUUAAAUAAGUACAGUGGUACCUUGGUUCUCGAACUUAAUCUGUUCCAGAAGUCCAUUCUAAAACCAAAGCUUUCCAAAACCAAGGCACGUUUUCCCAUAGAAAGUAAUGCAAAAUGGAUUAAUCCGUUCCAGACUUUUAAAAACAACCCCUAAAUCAGCAAUUUAACAUGAAUUUUACUAUCUAACGAGACCACUGAUCCAUAAAAUAAACAAUGUACUGCAGCCACACAAUCAAUCAGUCAGUAGCUGAACUGGGUUCCACACAGUCACAAAAGCAAAAAACAACAACAACCCCCCCCCACAAAAACAGGAACGCAAAAAAAAUAGCAAAAACAGACAGACCUCAGUUUAACACUCAAAACAGAAGUGUGGCACUCAAAACGGAGCAUGUUCAGCUUCCAGAAAAAGUUCACAAACCGGAGCACUUACUUCCAGGUUUGCGGUAUUUGGGUUCCAAGUUGUUUGAGUACCAAGGCGUUUGAGAACCAAGGUACCACUGUACAACAAAAUGCACCAAAAAGCAAUGUCUGCGCCAAGACGAAAUGCAAAUUUGUGCACAAAUGAAAGCCGAAAGUGGUUGGCACCAUCUCAUGAACGAACACCAGUGAAAUGGAUGGACGGAUUGGUCUGCCGAUUUGCCUCCAACCCAUGUCUUUGUCUUUGCAGAACCAUCUCCUCCUUGGACACCCCCCACCACCACCACGCCCUCAGCCGUGGCCUUCCAGUGACCUCCCCCCAGCUCAUGUGA